AAAGUGAAGAACAAGAAGAGAGGGAGAGACGGGCAGAUGCAGAGCACAGUGACAGGCGCAGGCCAUUUAUUUUCUCUGUGAUUUACAGUUAAAAAACCGAAACUAUAACUGGAUUCUCAUUAUUGUAUUGAACAAGCGAGUCAUUGCAGGAGCAGGAGUCGCCGAGUCGGAGUCGCCGCAAAGCCCCGGCUUCCUCUUUAAGAAAACCACUGACACAUGAACUCCUCGGUCGUCGUUUGACUUCCCACUUUGAUCUCAGUCCAAGUCAGCUGGAGAGCAGUCAUCUGGCUCCUUACCAGAAGUAUGUAUGGGUUGGACGUCUGCAGACAGCUCACUUUCCCAGUGGCCACUCGUCAGCAGACUGAGUUACUGUGAUUUCGGGGGCUGGUCAUGGUGUCCAGUGAAAAGGUAUGGGACCCCCUCCACGCGGGCCUUAUUCAGUCACCUCUGAGUGAACAGCACCUGGCGCCUGGGCUUACUCCCCGACCACAUACUGCAGCUAAUGACGCCACGUGCCACCAGAGUCAGCGGUUGACACCUUGGACUUCCCAGCCACUGUCAUUAGUGCAUCUAGACGCCCUUCAAGCAGUUCAAUCCUCCUCACCCUUACACCCGCCUGUCAAUUUGUACGGCCUACAAAGGAUCGAAGGACUACACAAGCCUGCCUGGUCUCCCGAGGUGGCCUCUCAGUCUGAAGAGGAAAAGGAGGAGGAGGAGGAAGAGGAGGAGGAAGGGGAAACUGAGCAGUUGGAGAUGAAGGGUAAAAGGCAUGGAGGCAGGGGAGAAGCCUUGAUGGAGGACAGACUGGAGGACAUGGUGGAUGGACCUAAAAAUGCAAAAAUUACCCUAAGCUUCCCACUUAGUGCCGCCCCCCUCCCAGCCUCUCUGACAUCUCCAAACCACUGCCGCAGCUCCUCCUCAUCCUCUCCUUCCCCCCACCGACGGCGUCCGUCCUCCAAGAGCUCGGAUGAGGGGUCGUUGUGGAAAUUGGAUGCCACCAUGGAUGUAAAGCACAGACCUUUUAAGCCCCCGAGGCACGAAAGCUCUCCGUCCUCUUCGCCCUCCUCCUCCUCAUCUCCCAUGGCUGUUCAUGCACUUAUCAGGAAGGAUAUAAAAUCGCCGCCUCCUCUGAAAUGCUCCAAACUCAACCCAGAGACUCAGUUUCAGAGGUCACCCCCAAGAUCGUCAAGCGGGGCUUUGGGGGCCUGUUAUGGUGUCGAUGGAUGGGACGAUAGGCACAGGAUCGCCAACGGUACAGUGUCGCCCUCUCAAACGGCCCAGAUCCUCUUCAGCCUGGGCACAUCGCCCUAUCAGAGGUGUGGUGAUGCAGAGAGGAGAGAAAAGAUAUCAGGAAGACCAGCUGGGAAACUGGGAAGCCCUCAUGGACCAAGCCUUCAUCCACCCACCCUCCACCUCCCUCCCCCUUUACCACCACCUCCUCCUCCCCCAUCUGAGGGUCUAACCGCCCCCCCUCACUCGUCGUCCUAUUCUCCGACCGACAGCCUGAAGCCUGAGUUGAUCUGUGGCGUGUGCCACCGGCUCUUCAGCUCGGCCUCCUCCCUCACAGUCCACAUGCGGCUGCAUCGUGGCAGCCGUGCCCUCAGUUGCCGCUUCUGUGGCAAGGUCUUCAUCCACAGCAAACGACUGCAAUCCCACGAGGCCUCCUGCAAAAUGCCAGGCCUCCCCUCCAGCAGCCUGGGCCCUCCUCCUCUCACUGUGCAGCCAAAGCAGGAGCCACUCGAGGAGGGUGAGGUGAGAGUGGAGGGGGGAAUGAUUGUGGGAGAAACAGACAUCAGUAAGGCGCGGCCAGGAAAAAAAGCACGGAGCCUCCUGGCGCGUAUCCAAGGUGAUGAUGCAGCAGACGCAGAGUUACUGGCGGGUGAUGAGCACCAUUUUGUGAAGGUGGUUGACGGCAAUGUCAUUUACUUCUGCUCUGUGUGCGAGCGAUCCUACAUGACCCUGUCCAGCCUGAAGCGUCACUCUAAUGUGCACUCGUGGCGCCGCAAGUAUCCCUGCCAUUACUGCGACAAAGUCUUUGCCCUGGCUGAGUACCGCACCAAGCACGAGGUGUGGCACACGGGAGAGCGCCGCUACCAGUGCAUCUUCUGCUGGGACGCCUUCGCCACCUACUACAAUCUCAAAACGCACCAGAAAACCAUUCACGGGAUUAACCCCAGCCUCAUCUCCAGUGAAAAGACGGCUAAUGGCGGCUAUAAGCAGAAAGCUAAUGCCCUCAAGCUCUACCGCCUUCUCCCCAUGCGUUCUCAGAAGAGACCGUACAAGACUUACAGUGACAGUUUGCAUAAUGGCCUGCUUCUACCACCAAGUGAUACACCGCCCCUCUCCCUGCCCGGUCUGGGCUGUGCUCUGGGCUCUGGGGACCUACAGAGCCUAAUCAGCGGAGCCCACCCCCAGAGUGUUAAGCCUGACCCAGAUGCCUUCCCCGAUUCCUUCCCCGAUCACUUCCCUGUUUCUGAGCACAGGGACCUCUCUGGACUAACACCCCUCCCCCAAGCGGACAUGCAACGCGUUAAAAACCACGAGCGCGAGGCCCGAGAGUCAGAGCAGGGCCGAGGCAUUGGCAACUUCAAAAUGUCUAGUAGCCACAAAACCAAAACUCCCAAGACUGGUAAAGAAGCUAGCAUGCCUUCUGUGAUAACAUAUGGACAUACAAAACCCUCUGUCAUAGUUCAUGGAACAGCAGUGUCAUCCUCUGUCAUCGUACAUAGCAACCAGGUUAUUUCUGGAAGCGAGAAAAGCCCAAUAAGCAGCCCGUCCCCUGAAACCAGCAACAGUCAGGCUUCACACAAGGGCAGCCCCAAGCCAAUUAAAAAGCAAAGGGAUAGUGCAGACGGCCAUAGGAAGAGAUCAAGAGACAAUUCAGAAACCAGAGAGAAUGGUUCAACUUCAAGAGGUGGACGGGAGGCAGAGGCAGGUCGAUCAUUUCACAAAUCACGCAAGUCCCACAGCAGGAGCGACACCUCUAACUCAAAGCAGCCGCCAUCGUCUGGAGGGUCACAUGUCAGAGAGGCCGGGCCACUGUGCCAGAUCACUGUACGCAUCGGCGAGGAAGCCAUCGUGAAGCGCAGCAUCUCUGAGACAGACCUCCGGAGGGACAAGAGCCUUUCUCCCCCCAAAUCCAAACGCAGUGAAACAUCGCGGGAGGUCAAGGAUCCACGCCACUCUCACUUCCACCACCAUCACCAUAAACACCGCCAGCACCGCAAAGCCAGCAUGGAGGAGGAGGAGGAGGAGGAGGAGGAGGAGGAUGAUAAGGAGGGAGACUGUGAGGAUGAGGAGGUGAGGAAAAAGAGAUCCAAAUCUCCCGAUGGAGUGAGGGAGUACUACUUCCGUCGGGAGGUGAGGGAGCAGGACAGUGACCAUGACAUGGAGGAUAAUUUAUGGCGGCCUUACUACUCCUACAAGCCUAAAAGGAAGGCACAAGCACAUCUGCAGCGGGUGAAGAGCUGGCAGAGAAAACUGAAAUACAAGCGCUCCAUCCAGCUGAAGAGGAGGGCGGAGAGGCUCAAAAACUGUGUAAAUAAAGAAACGGAGAAAUCCCAAGAUGAGGAAGAGGAUGGGACGAAUGAGGAGCCCCAAAAACCUGACAGAGUUAAGGGAGAGGGGAAAAAGAGGGGUUGUCUCUCUGCUCCUUUGAAGGAUAAGAGCAAAGACACAGAAGAGCAGGAGGCCUGUCACAAGGCUGCUUCCAUUCCUCUGCACUCUCCAAAGCCUCCUCCGUCUACCUCAGGGGCUCCUAUGGGAAUAAAGAGGCGGCCUUGGACUAACGGGAACGCAGCAGAGUGUGGUACAUGUGGCCGCUGGUUCUCAAGCCCCAGGAAGCGAGACAAACACGAGCUCAGCCAUCUGCUGGAGUUUGUGUGCCUCUUCUGCCGAGCCACUUUCCCCUCGUGGGACAAGUUGGAAGACCACCAGAGAGCCCAGCAUCCCAAGCCCACGGACGCACCCUCUGCACCCUCUAAAGUGGCACUUGUUGAACAGGAUGAAGGGGUCGGGAUCAAAUCUGUGCCAGAGAUUUCAAAGUACGAUGAAGAAAGGGGGGGGCAAGUGGGUUUAGCGGGGAGAACCUCAAGUCCAAGUCGCCUCAGCAGACGAGCAUUAUCACGACACACCUGUCCACAGUGUCACAAGGUGUGUAAGACAUCCUCAGCACUAACUCGCCAUAUCCGACGCCACGAGUUAAGCAGCUCCCCAGAGAGAGAAAGGGAAGAUAAAGCCCCGGAGCCAAAAACAACAGAGGCCGUUAUUAAUGACGUGAGCAGAGACAUAGAGACGGAGAAGGCAAAGGCUCCCAGUGCGCUCUCUGUUUCAGUUAUCAGCUAUUCAACACCAGACCCGCCCAUCAGGGUUGACUGUUUGGCCUCGCAGCAGCGUGAAGGUCGCCUCGGUGAACUGACGGCUGAACAUCACACGUCAGAAUCCCCAGACAAGCCUCAGCCAACAGGGCCCACGCAUCCAGUUGUGGAGAGACAGCCCAGCCCACAGACAGCAGACCCUCCACUAGAAAGUCCAGUUAGUCUCACGCCCACUAAACACGAAUUCACGCCAGUCGCACCCUCCGCUCUCCAGAGCGUGCUCGUCAUGAACGGAGCCGAAUGUCUGGACUACCGCAGCCCCAGCAGAAAGAGCCUAGACAGCCAGAUCUACAGAAUACCCAGCCCUGUGCACGUCGUGGCACCCGCCAACACCUCUCCGAAUGUGCCUGUGACGUCACAGACCAGAAUAACCGCUGCCGCUGCUCCUGUUUCCAUGACAACAGCUCCCGGCUCCGAGGGCGGAUUCGUGAAACGGGAUGGGGUCAUUAUGGACAGGGAGCGGCUGGGCGGGAGUGGUGUGUUUCUGCACGCAGGUUAUGAGGAAGCACCUCGGGUCCAAGAUCUAAGAGUUCCGUCACUGUCCAGGAGUCCCUCUCCCGAUGAAGCACAAGACCUCACCAUGUCCUCGAUGCUAGCUAGAGAGAGGGCGAUAGUGAGGCAAAGAGAGACGGAGAGGGAGAGGGAGAGACAGAGAGAAAGGGAGAAAGAAAAAGCGAGAGAGAUGGAGAGGGCCCAGAAAAUGAGCAGAGUUACUCAUGCCCCAGAGGACCAAAUGGCUCUGUUGGUCCCUAAAGAGGAGCCCUUGAGUCCUGUGCAGUCCCCCCAGCACAUCCCCACUCAAACCACUAUGAACGGACCCUCCUCACACAGGCACACUCCCAAGUCCCCGCGUCGCUCUCCCUCCAUCAUUGGACUGUUAUCUCACGCCAACCGUCAGGUUCACUCCAGCUCACAAGGACUCGACAGGCUCACACUGCCCACUGGAGCAGCUGGUGCCGGCGACCGCCCCUCUGCCCACGCUCUGCAACUCCCCCGAGCCCCUCAGCCACCUGAGCCCGAGCACCAGGACACUGUUUCUUCCAGAGACUCCCAGCAGGGGGGCGCCACCCCAGUGGGCUACGCUGCCCAGGAUUAUCCCCUACCCCUAAUUGUGCCAGACAGCUACCGCUCUGCUAAGAAGCAGGAUGAUAAUCUGCUCAUGUCCUAUCCUGGUGGACAUCUUCCCUUUGGCCCACUGGGUAAAGUGAUGGUCCCUCAUGGCGGGGACCUGUCCAAGCUGCCAUUUUAUCCAGACCCUUACCAGCUGCUCUACGGGCCCCAGCUGCUGGCCUACCCCUAUAACUUAGCAGCUCUUCCUGUGGCUCUGAACAUGAUGGCACCUGGGGGGGACAAGGUGGAGACUAUGCCCUUCCUUCCAGCCAUCUUCAACUACGCAGCCGCUGCUGGGCCCUACAUGGGCGCAGCACCCCACCCCCUCGUGGCAAAUCCUGGCCUGUACAGCGGCGGCAGUGGCAGCGGCAAGAAGCAACGAGACAGCAGCGGCAAACCUUAGUACAACAGGAGGUUUAAGAGGAAUAUAUUCCAAAGGGGACGGCCUGGCCUGUUUAGGAGGAGCAGGAGGGGUCUGUGCUCACUGGGUCACUGACGACGCUCGCACAGUGCCCCUGCCUCGCUUUUAUUCAGUAGAGAUCAGAGCUAGGCAUUGAAUCAGGAGUUGCUGUGAAGGGAAGAUAGGGAGCAAAGAAACGGGGAGGAGAGGCCGAUAAUCUAGUGACGUGUCAUUACUCCCCUCUCUUUACUCCCUGCUCACCUUUCCCUGUGUUUCUCCUGUUUGGCUGUAGUGUGUCAUAGUUCUAGAGCUUGAUUAAUCUUCCUCUCCUUCUCAUUAUAUUAUCUAUAAUAUAAGAAUAAGAACUUCUAACAGGGUGUGUGCGUGUUGUGAGACAAAUUAGUUCAGUCAGCUUCCCUUUAUAGUCGUGGAAAAACGAGGAUAAACACUCUUCAGGGAAGGCUCGUGUGGGCAUGAUAAGGGAUGAGAGGACAGUCUGUGAGGCUGCGAGUGACCUGUCGUUAAAUGAAAGAUGUAUAUGAGCAUGUACGUGCACAUGUAUGUAGGGAUUUGUGCAUGCAGAGGUUGGCUUAAGCAGGUAUUGCUGCGUAUGUGUGAGAGAGUGUGUGUGUGUGUGCGUGUGAGUGUGAGUGUGGGUGGGUGUACGUGCAUGAAUGGCUAGGUCAUUCCGUGUCAGACGCACACAGCAUUCCUACUCUAGUUGGAAUAGCUACUGUAGGUCAAUGUAUAAAAGUGCAUUUAGAAGUGAUCCCUCAUAUCCAAAUUAUUAAGAAGUCAAUUCUAUGGCUGAGCGUGACAACGACGGAUCAUCUGAGCUUCUCGUGUCUCAACCGUGUUACUUUGUGGCCAGAUGACACUGUCGGAUCUGUAUAGCAUUCACCAUAGUUUGUACCUUAUGUGCACAAAGUAGAAAAAAAGUAGUGGUCACUUAAAGGGGACACUUGUAGCUGCUUGGGAUAUGUAGCUGGCCACUGGGUAAGAAUUGAAGGCUGGUAGACCGUUGCACUUCCAUUUUUUUUUU